GCGAGAUCCGGCAGAAAUCGAACUGCGUGGCAUCAUGGUCAUUGUGGGCAGCGACGGGCCGCCGCCGCCGAAGCGGGCCAAGCCGACGACCAGCGCGGGCUGCCUCUUGACGGGCGCCUUGGCGCGCCACGUCAUGGGCUACCUCCGAGAUGCGACCGACGUCAAGCGGUUCCUCCAAGUGCUGCCACGACUGCGCGACGACGCGCCGCUGCAGAGCCUCUUGGCCUUGCUCCAGCGCGUGCACGACCCGUCCAUCAUCUGGCCCAUUGCAAGCCUCUCGGACCUUUACGCUCCUUCCGCCUCUUGUGCCAGCGCGAGCUCUAGCUCGAACUUGCGUGCGUCGGCAGGUCUCGACCGCCUCGUGCAGUCGGCGCUGCCUCUUCUCCGGCAGCUCCAGGUGAAUGCGUUUAUCGCGACACCGCCGCUCGCGCGCUACGUGCCACUCAUGGCCAAUACGACCAUCUCGGCGCUGCUCGGCGACUUGCGCGACUUUGAAGCGACUUACGGGCUCUGGGCACCACACAUCACGUCGCUCUCGGUGACGGACCCGACAUGCGAGACGUGGCCGCACCUUUGCCGCACACUCGCGCUCUGCCCGCGGCUACAGUCGCUCACGUACUUUGUCUGGCGUGGGUCCGAGACGUACCGGCACGUCAAGAUGGACGUGUCGUGGUUCGCUGCGUACAUGAUGACACAAUCCAGCCUCGCGACAGUCCAUCUCACGGGCCUGCCACUCACGACCGAGGCAGCGGCGAGUGUCGGUGACGCACUGCUGUCAUCAUCGACGAUGACGACGCUCAACGUCCACGAGAUGCCGCAGCUGCUUUGCGCGCUCGGCGCCGCGACCCUGUCUCUUUCGCCACAGCUCACCUCUCUUCACAUCACAGCCGUCGACUACCACGCCGCCGACAACAUUGCAAGCGUGGCCCUCAAGCUCCAGACGUCGCGCGUGCGGACGCUUGAAGUCCGAACUGUCGCACUCUGCAACCUCACGCGUGCUGCCACCGCGCUCGCGACAGCGCCGAUGCUGCAGUCACUGACGCUUGUUAACGGUGUGCUGGGCGAUCUCACGCCACUGAGAUCCCUGCGCCAUCUGCACUUGUCGUCGAUGCGGCUCUCGCGACGAGCGAUCACGGCCAUUGCGCACCUCAUGGCCACAUCCGAAUGUCUCGUCUCGGUCAAGCUGGACAACUGCUACCACGAUCAACACGACGACAAGACGAGUCCGUUUCUCGCGCUGACAGCCGCCAUGCCUGUAUUUUUUGGUCGAGCCGGGCAAGCGCUGGCCAUGAGCGUGCAUGACGUGGCGGUCGCCGCAGGCUUGACCUCGGCCAUGCACAAGAUGUCGACGUCCACGACCGCGACGCUGGAAUUGCAUGCGACCGCGCUCCCGAUGACGGCGCUGCGAGACUUGGUGAGUGCAAUUACGUGUGGCACGACGCUGCGCCUGGUGGUGCGCACACCGGCAAGCGCCGAGGCGUUGCUGGCGCAUGCAACGCGCCUUCAGCUCCGCGCAGCCAAGAAGCCAAUGUACGAAUGGCACUUCGGGCGACCCGUGCCCGACAUCAAGUACCAAGUGGCGUGUUCACGGUGUUGAUUCGAGUCUCAUAGAUUGUCUAAUGAUGAGUAGUCUUUUGUGUCUUUUGAAGUGUGGGGAUGGAAUGUCCUUCCGGAGUAUAAUACAGUAUAUGGAGGACAAGAACG